CAUUUGCUUCUCUUCGUGCAUAUACUAGUAAUUCAUUUAUUUCUGAAAAUCUUAGUCCGCCAUGUCCAGACAGAGGCGAGUCAGCAGUUUCGACGACGAAGGAGUGAGAUCUCUACUGACAAGUUACACAUAUGAAGAAGUGGAAGAAAUAGCGAACAAUAUUUUGAAGCGAGUAAAAUGUCGGCCAUCACUAGGUAUCAUCUGCGGUUCGGGUCUGGGUAAACUCGCCAACACGGUGACCAAUCAGGAGAUUAUUAAAUACAAUGAGAUUCCAGGAUUCCCAGUCAGCACCGUACCGGGCCAUGAAGGCAAGCUGGUGUUUGGUCAGAUGUGUGGCAAAUCGGUCGUUCUCAUGCAAGGUCGGGCUCACUGUUACGAAGGAUACUCACCACAAAAGAUUACCCUCCCGGUGCGUACAAUGAAGCUGAUGGGCGUGACCACUCUGAUUGUGACGAACGCUGCGGGCGGGAUCAACGAAAACUUCAAGGUGGGGGACGUGAUGAUAAUCAAGGAUCAUCUUAAUCUGGCAGGAUUUGCCGGGGUUAAUCCACUCGUGGGACUCAAUGAUGACAGGUUUGGUCCUCGGUUUCCUGCGAUGUCUCACGCCUACGACGUGGAACUGCGACGUAUCGCCAAGGCAACGGCCACAGAUAUGGGCUUCGACAGUUUCUUCCGCGAGGGCGUCUAUAGUAUGAUGGUGGGCCCGUCGUUUGAGACCGUCACCGAAUGUAGAUACCUCAAGCUUAUAGGGGUCGAUGCAACAGGUAUGAGCACUGUUCCGGAGGUGAUCGUGGCCCGCCACUGUAACAUGAAGGUGCUUGGUCUCUCACUCAUCACCAACGAGUGCAUCAUGGAGUACGACGCGACCAAUUUCGCAAACCACGAGGAAGUUCUCCAGACCGGGGAAAUGCGCAGCAAAGAUCUACAAGCCUUUGUGUCGAAGAUGGUUGAGCAUCUAAGUCUAUGAAGCAAAUAUUCCUAGGUUUAGGGUGUUUUUUGAGGGAGUUUACAGUCAAGCCUAUCUGUUUGGGGUUCAUGGAUAUUAGAUAUUAUUACGGUUCACAUAGAUAAGAACUUUAUAAGUAUAGAGAUUUAUGAUAUUUAUUGGCUUAUUAUUUUAUAUAUAUACCGGUACACAUAUACAAUAUGUGAAAUAUAGUGGACUUCUUCACUUGCAGUCAUGUUGAUUAUAAUUGAAGUUUACAAGCAUACCGGUACAUUGUUACAAUAUAAUGGAAUAUUUUUGUAAAAGAAUAUGUUGGGUUUUUUGGGUUUUUUGGGUUUUUUUUAUGAAAUGGUAU